AUGUAUAACUUUGAAAUAUUCUUAAGAGUGAUCAGCGUUGGCUUAAUAUUUGUUACCAAAACCUCAUUAAUAUUAGAAUAUUUUUUACAAGUAUGCAUUCAACAGAUUUUACCAAAGUUCUUGAUAAAUACCAAUAUGCAGGGAAAACAUACGGAAUCCUGGGAGUACACACCAACCUGUCCAACCAAGAUAGGCUUACUAACAAAUCAAGUGUCCCAUUUUGCGGUUUACGGCAUGGAGUAUUCGAGAAAAUUUACAAGUAUCUUCUUCUCCUGUAAGACCAAAGGCCUAAGAUAUUUCCGAAAUGCCAAUGAUAGACCUAUCCAUUCCAUAUUAAUUUGCAACAACUGGAUGUCAUGGCAGCAAGAAACAUGCUCCAUAUUGAACAGGAGAUUUGAAGUGGCAAUGGUAGGCCAGAAAUCUUCAAUCAUCGACAAAGACCAAGCACAACAACACAAAGCACCACAAUGA